UCCCCUGACUCAGUGCGACGUCACCCCGUUGCUCAUGCGCAAGUACAGUAAAAACCGGCCCAAGAAUCCAUGCAGGAAACACACAAGCAAGAACAGACAGAGGGCCCAUUCUUACAAAAAGUGGGCAGGGUGCGGUGGUGACGUUGUGACUAUAACACACACACACACACACACAUGCUUGAAAGCCAGGAGGAGGAGGAGGAGGAUGUUGUUAGAGGUUGAGGGGAUGGGGCUAGAAGAGCAAACAGGAACAGAAAGUGAAGCCUUGUCAUGAUGUUUGUGUGAGGGUGACAAAAAGAAGCACACAAGAGACACGGCACGUUUGAUUGAGCCGACGAGGAGGAGGCCUGAUCUGAGGUAAGAAACUGCAACUUCGACAGUCAUCACAGUUUGACCUUGAAAUUUUACUUUCUGCCGUCAUUGGGCUUGAAUUGCAUCGUCCGAUUCGUCCACUUGAAGGAAGUGAAACUUGAAAAUGAAACUCCAAAGAAGUGCUGCGUUGGCCGCCCCAUGAAGAACAACUGAAGUCACAAUGGAAAUUCGCCUUCCUGGAAGCCACUGAAAGUAUGAAGUCAACGUAGGAACUUUGUGUCGUGAAGCUAUGGAAGGGCCGGCGGACGGCAUCCGCAACUUCUUCGACCAUCUCUGGACUUUCGUGAUGGCCAAACAUCACCAAGGCGUCUACAACACCGUGUGCCUCGUGGUCCUACUCACGCUGCCUCUGGUCGUCCUCGUCGCCACGCUUGCAGUCUGUUGCCACUGUUGCUGCUGUCGCCAUGCCAACGGCCGCUGUUGCUGCGGAAGGGGAGGCGGAGCCGGCAAGUUGGAAUUAAAGAAGAAGAAGAAGAAAAACUCGGCCAAUAAUGAUGACUUGUGGAUAUCGGUCAAGACAGGGCAGAUGAUGCCCGAUCUGGUGGCCCUGCCGAUGGAGUAGAAAGUCAUUUUUUAUCGUUUGGAAGCCUUUCAGUGGACAGCAAAAGAUGGCAGAAAAAAACUCACGAGCAGUGUUGAAAGUAGUGAGAUGUUGUACUCGCUGUGUAGUAUGUGGAGCUCUAUGUUUAUAAUGUUUGCGGUACAGACAUUCAUAAGCCCGGCAGACAACGCAGAUGCAGUUCGGCAUCGCAUAUUUGCCUUUUGACAGUUUUUUGGGGGGGUUGGGUUUUAUUUUUUGUUCUUUUUUUUUACCCUUUCCUGUUAUUGGCUGGAAAACUUGCUGUUUUUGUGCUCAGGGCCGAGCAACAAAAGUGCGUCUUUUGCUCCUGGUGCCAACGGAGCAAUGUUGAAGUGGGUUGAGGAGCUCCAUGAAGUGCUUUGCUGUCAUCUUGUGGGAUCCGUGGGCAAUUAUCGAGCUUUUUAGGCACUUGUGAUUUAAUCAGAGAUAUUUCUUAUUCACGGCAGUGUUUAGGUCCCUCUGCCUCAUGAAUAGCGGGGCUGUAAAAGUUCCUCAGGUUCCCCGGUGAAAUGUGUCGUGUCUGUAUUCAGGAGGCCACUGCAGUUUUCAAGGCCGGUUGUAACCUUGUCUACUUGUCACAAGCUAUAUAUGAUGGCUCACUUUUAAAGUUAAAAACAAAACAAAAAAAAAACCCCAUACCUCUUGCUCUUGAUUUUUCACUGAUGAAUUCAAGGCAUGCAUUUGCUACUGUCGUUGCUA